UGUAAUUUUCAAAACAUAAUUUUUACAAUAUUUUGAAAUUUAGCUUCCAACUUCCCAUAUUACUUAUUAUUUUUUAAAGUAUGUACGCACGACUGUACGAGGAGGUUUAAAAUAUAUUCAAUUAUGAUCUGAUACAAUACUAAAGUAUUCAAUAAGGCAAAUACUGAGUGUACAGGUUAUGUUUUAUGUGCAACAAGGUUUUGGAUAGGUGUAGUAACCAUUAAUAACUUGAAAUAGAAUUAUGUAAAUAAUGGUUUUUGUAAAAUUCAUUGGACGAACUUGUGGAUUUGCGGGAUAUGUUUUGCAAUACGCAUGUGUAACGCACUGUACAUUUGAAUAUUUGGGGGACUUUGUCAUGUGUUCUGGCCCUUCAAUGGAGCCCACUUUAGAAUCAAACAACAUACUAUUUACUGAACACAUUUCACCUCGGCUUCAGAGGUUAAAACGUGGUGACAUAGUCAUAGCUCGGAAUCCAUCAAAUCCAAAACAAAAUAUUUGCAAAAGGAUUGUUGGCCUGCCUGGUGACCGAAUGAGAGGACACUUCCCUAGAUACAAUCAGGUUGUACCCAGGGGUCAUGUUUGGCUGGAAGGUGAUAAUUCAAGUAAUUCUGCUGAUUCUAGAGUAUAUGGGGCUGUGCCGGAAGGUUUAAUUCGAAGUAGAGUGGUAUGUAGAGUCUGGCCUUUAGAUAAGAUAGCAUCUUUAACAAGUUAUUGAUCUGUUUGCCUAAGGUGGGGCAAAAAAAAUGUGUGGUUAUAGCAAUUAUCAGAGCAAGUGCACCUCAAAGACAGAAACAUUGACUCCUUCACCAUAUUAAUAAAAUAAUAAUAGACUCUCAUUCAGUCUCAUUUGACUUCUUGACUGCAAAGUGUGAUAUUAAUUUGUUUAGUACUUUUUUGAGUAUCUUAAUUAAUAUUCAUUAUGCUAAUUUUACUUUACUUAAUUCACCUACAAUAUUAUACAAUUUUAAUGAAAAACUGUUUAAUAUUGUCAAUACUGAUGGCCAUAUUAGUACCACACAUUAAAUUGCUCUACCCAUAUAAAACCUUUUGUAUCUAGGUAGUAUAAUUUUAUGUGUAUUUGUUUGACAAAUCACAAGUAUAUUUUUGCCUGGUCGGCACAUUGUGCAACUUUGGUCAUGUUAUUCAUGUUCAUGUAAAUAAAAAUAUUGUUAUUUUUAUGAA